ACCGCCUCCCUGGCUCUCCAUUGGCUGUUCCGCGAAGCCCGGUCUCCGGGUAAGAUGGCAGCGGACGGACAGUGCUCGCUCCCCGCUUCAUGGCGGCCCGUGACCCUCACCCACGUCGAAUAUCCUGCAGGUGACCUCUCUGGCCACAUCCUUGCCUACCUGAGCCUUAGCCCUGUGUUUGUCAUCAUCGGUUUUGUAACCCUCAUCAUAUUCAAGCGGGAGCUGCACACGAUUUCCUUCCUUGGGGGCCUGGCACUGAAUGAGGGGGUCAACUGGUUGAUCAAGCACGUCAUCCAGGAGCCACGGCCCUGUGGAGGCCCCCACACUGCAAUUGGAACCAAGUAUGGGAUGCCCUCCAGCCAUUCUCAGUUCAUGUGGUUCUUCUCUGUCUAUUCCUUCCUAUUCUUGUAUUUAAGAAUGCACCAAACGAACAAUGCCAGGUUCCUGGACUUGCUGUGGAGGCACGUGCUCUCCCUGGGUCUCCUCACCGCAGCCUUCCUAGUCUCCUACAGCAGAGUCUAUCUGCUGUAUCACACCUGGAGCCAGGUGUUCUAUGGGGGCAUCACUGGAAGCCUCAUGGCCAUCGCCUGGUUCAUCUUCACCCAGGAGGUCCUCACACCACUGUUCCCCAGGAUAGCAGCCUGGCCUAUCUCUGAGUUCUUCCUAAUUCGAGACACAAGCCUCAUCCCCAAUGUACUCUGGUUUGAGUACACAGUCACCCGGGCAGAAGCCAGGAACAGACAGCGCAAGCUAGGGACAAAACUGCAGUGACUGGUGAGUGUGGCUGGGCCCAGACUUCAGAUGUGGCCUGCACGAUGCCAGGAUGGAUGGAAUGACUGAGGGAUGAAGCAGAGACCUCUACAGACCCAAGUCACCAAGUGGAGCCUUUUUUCCCCUUAUUUUAAUUUUGAUGAACAAGGUGGACCAAAGGGCUGAGCUAGCCCCUCAACCAGGACCCUGGAGGACCUGCUGCCAGGAGGCCACAUGGCAGAGACCCUGGCUGUGCCGCUGCCAGCCCCAGGCUGGGUGGAAGGGGCCCUUGGCGCAGGCACCAGGGUGUGGGGAGAGGAAAGGGCUUGCACUUCUGAUCGAAGGACCAGGAGAUCCAGUUGGCAUGAAAAAUACGCACUAUUUAUUUUUUCGUUUUGUCAAAGGCAGAUGGGAUUUUGGAGAGGGGCUGGAAUAGCCAGCUUCGCAAUGGCUACCCUGCUCUCAGAGGCACCUAGGUCAGCUCCCAGGCUCUUUGCCUGGGGGUAGACCACCUUUCCAUGGGCCUGAAGAGGGUCCUGAGCACCCAGGAAGAGGGGAGCAUUCCUGUGCCCUCCCUGCCACCAUUGCCAUUCCAGAACCUCGUUCAGUGUUUCCUUGUCUGGGGGCCAGGGCCCAGAGAGAGCACGCAUCUGGCGGCUGCUAUCAUUGUGUUCUACCCCGUAUCAACCCAACACCACAAGGGCUUUCUCUGGUCCCCUGUCCCCGAGAUACUGGUCCCUUUAUAACAAAAGAGCCUGCACAUGUGGGUGAACAAACCCAAGCUGUUUACAGCUCUUUUUUGUCCUGCCAUCCUUCCUUCCUUCCUUCUUCUUCCUUCCUUCCUUUCCUCCCUCCUUCCUUCCUUCCUUUCCUCCCUCCUUCCUUCCUUCCUUCCUUCCCUCCCUCCUUCCUUCCUUCCUUCCUUCCUUCAUUCAUUCAUUCAUUCAUUCUUCCUUCGUUUUUGUCUGAUAGCAGUUAGACUUCAUCUCCACUCGAACAAAGAUGCAAAGGAACCCAGAGGCAGAGUGAUUAGAGGGGGCCUCUUCCCUCUCUGUGUACCCGAGCAUUCUGCACCCUUCCUGACUCCCCUUUGAGAGACCAGGACCCUACCGCACUUGUCCUCCAGUCCGUGUCCAGGGUGUGGGUCCAGGACCCCUCACUGUCUAACUUGGGGGGGGAGAACCCCUCACUGUCUAACUUGGGGGGGUGCGGGUGGAUAGCUCCUACCGAAGGAGCCUCUCUAGGAAGUUUCUGAACCAGGCUGCUUGGGACCUACAUUCAAAUCCUUCCUGCUACCUUUUCCCUUGUGGGGGUUCCUAAUCUGCUGCUGAAGCACAAUAUUUUGGUGCUUUCUUUUUCUCAUUGGUUAAAGACAGUGUCCAAAAGCCAUUCCAGAUGUCAGGACCAGGGGCCUAUUUCUGGGGAAGGUUGGCCAGUCCUCACAUUUUCCUCCCCUUCCCUUCUUACUUUUUAUUUUUUACUCUUUUUCUUUUCUCUCUUUCUUCCUCUCUUUCUUUCUUCCUUUCUUUCUGGAGACAAGCCAAGUGAGAGGUGGUUUGAUUUAAGAAAAAAAAAAAAUCAACGAAAUUGUUUACUAUUGUUUUAAAAUAAAAUCUUGAACUCUG